AUGCUCCCCUAUUUCACUCUUCGCCAGGAUCAAGAUUUCACUACCGUUGAUCAUUCUCUGAAACUGUCCAUGGCUGUACAAAAAGGUUGGGACCUUAAUAGUGUGGGUCUGGCCGAGGUGCCGGCUCGCGAUGUUCGCGGCGACCACGCCUCGCUGAUUCGCGAUAUCGGUGCCAGUGGGAUUGCCCUGCUGAACAAUAUCAACAGCACAUUACCACUCAAAUUGCCGGGGAACAUUGGCGUCUUCAGCAACGACGCGUCCCCUCCAACCAACAGUCUCGUGUUUGAAAGUUACUACCCCUCUGAGAUUGGGACCCUGGACAUUGGGGGCGGUUCUGGAACCGCCCGGCCGGCACACGUACCUGGUUUCGCCGCUGGAAGCCAUCCUGCAACAAGGCACGGGAACUGGGAUCGCGCGUACAAUAUCCCACAAACAACACGAUCCUAGCCGCCCAACGAUUUCCGAACCAUCUUUCCCACACCGGACGGACGUCUGCCUCGUCUUUUUUGAACACGUUUGCGUCGGGGACAUGGGGAUCGCAUCGCACAGAGUAUGAGCUCCACUGGACCUCGACGCUUGUCGUUGAGAAUGUUGCCUGCCAGCCGCUGCUCGAAUACAAUCGUGGUGACGACGCACUCUGCCAGCGUAAACACCCCACACACCCUGCCCUAGGCACACCACUCAAACGUAACCAUAAUCCUCGCAGCGCAUUUCCCGGGGGCAGGAAGCCAGCUACGCACUUGUUGAUGUCCUCUGGGGGAAAGGUCAACCCGUCUGCGGAACUGCCAUACUCGAUCCCGUGCUACAAGGAAGACUAUGACAUGACAUUCCGAUUGUUUUGUCUUAACUCAAGCGAGAUUACCUCCCUGGAUGCCCACCUGGCAGGCGGACUUUACCGAGGGUCAGUUCAUCGACUGUCGUCGCCUGGGGAACCUAGGAAUCGAGCCCCUGGAUACCCUAUUAGCUUUCUAGCGCGUGCUUGUAUAAUUAUCUAAUACUUUCGCCUUUAGUGUUCAGGUUUGUAAGGAAUUUGGAUAACAAGUCUAGUAAGAUCUAUAAAAGUCAGCGCCUGCUCCAUAAUUCAGAACAUUAAGAACAAUAUCGAGG